AUGGCCACCUUCUCGUCGACCCCCAUCGUCAUUGAUGGCAAGGGCCACCUCCUGGGUCGACUGGCUUCGAUAAUCUCGAAGCAGAUUCUCAAUGGCCAGAAAAUCGUUGUGGUGCGCUGCGAAGAGAUCAAUAUUUCUGGCAGUUUCUUCCGCAACAAGUUGCGCUACCACAACUUCCUUCACAAGCGCCACAUCGUGAACCCGAAGAAGUCCGGUCCCUUCCAUCACAGGGCACCGUCCAAGAUCCUCUUCCGGGCUAUCCGUGGCAUGGUUCCGCACAAGACUGCUCGCGGUGCGGCGGCUCUCGAGCGCCUGAAGCUUUUCGAGGGCAUCCCCCCUCCUUAUGACAGGAAGAAGCGGAUGGUCGUUCCGGAAGCUUUGCGGGUGUUGAGGUUGAAGCCUGGAAGGAAGUAUUGCACGGUUAAGCGUCUGUCUCAUGAGGUUGGCUGGGGAUACAAGGACGUCGUGGACCGUUUGGAAGAGAAGAGGAAGAUCAAGGCGCAGGCUUUCCACGAGCGCAAGGUUGCUGCUGUGAAGCUCCGCCAAACCGCGACCAAGGAAGCCUCGACCUCUUUCCCAAAACUUGCUGCCCUGGGCUACUAGUUAUUGCGUCAGGUCGUGCUGUCCCGCUCGGUUCCUGUCUCCUAGAGUAUGUCUAUGAGGCCCAUGCCACUACUUGUAUGCCUCCAUGCGAGCCUUGGGGCCAUUUCGCCGCAAUCCGAUGCGUUCCGUUCC